GUGGCUCGGAAGCUGCGGCAGGCAGGGGUGUCAGCGCUGGCGUACAGUGCAAAGCUGGGCGUGGCUGACCGGGACGACCACCAGGACAGGUGGCGGAAGAAGGAAAUUCAAGUUCUUGCAGCAACGAACGCCUUUGGAGCAGGCAUCCACCAGUCUGAUGUGCGGUAUGUGAUCCACUACAGCAUGCCCAAGUCCAUGGAGAGCCUCUACCAGGAGAGUGCGAGGGCGGGCAGGGACAAGCUGCCAUGCCACGCCAUUGUCUACUUCUCCCCCGCAGACCUCGGCUACAUGAAGCGUGCAUGUGGGCCCGGGAAGAUACGUGAGUUCCACACCUGCAACCAAGUCGCCGCCUACUGCAUGAAUCGCAGUGUGUGCCGGCACAAGCUGCUGCUGCGCCACUUUGACCUUGACAGCCCCGACGAGCAGCCCUGUGGAGGCUUUUGUGACAACUGCAGCAACUCAAGGGGCUUUGAAGAAAAGGACGUCACUCCAUACGCCAUGCUGCUGGCGCGCAUCCUGGCGGACUCGCCCACGCCCCUCACCGCCCCCCAGCUCGCCAACGAGUUCUUCCGCUCCGGCGCUGCCUCCGAGGCGGCAGCACUGAUGAGCCAAGCUCAAAUGGCUGCACAGCCCCCAGCACAACCCCUCCCACACACCCCGCUCCCUGCUCCUGUCACUCUCUCAUCUUCUCCCACUGCUGCCGCCCCUGCCACUCCAGCCGCCCCUGCCACUCCAGCCGCCCCUGCCACUCCAACCGCCCCUGCCACUCCAACCGCCCCUGCCACUCCAACCGCCUCCGCCACUCCUACUCCUGCCACUCCUGCCACUCCUGCCACAGCCACUGUUGCCCUCCAAGCACCCGCACCACCGGUGGCAGUGAAGCCUCUGCCCCGUGCGGUGGUGCAGCACCUCAUUCUGCUGCUCGUGUGCCAGGGCUACAUGGUGGAGGCGGUGCAGGGAGUGGGGGAGAGCAAGGUGGUGCGCCUGGUGCCCACAGACAGGACCGAGGACAUGGUGGCAGGCCUCGUGCCCAUGUCCAUGCCUCUGCGCCGACCCGCGCCUCCCAAGAGCCGCCCUGCCAAGGCAACCACAGGAGACGGCUCUGGUGCACGAGUGAAGGGCGGCGAGGGCGCAGCAGGCAAGGAGGGCAGGGAGGGGGUGUCGAGUGAGCGGGAGGGCAGGGAUGAGUGUGCGGAUGCGCUUGUAUCGGACUGGCAUGGGGAAUUUCUGGACGAUGAGGACGGGGGUGAGGGGGCGGUGGAAGGGGCGAAGGGAGGGGAGGAGGAUGGGGAGAAGAGAGGGGAGGAAGUGUGGGGGGGGAAGAGAAGGAGGGAUGACGAGGAGGAAGAGGAGGAGGAGGAGGAGGAGGAGGAUACAGUGACGGUUGCUACAAGGGUGGAGAGGAGGAAGAUUGCCAAAGCCAGGGCUGCCGGAGAGAGGGCGGAAAGGGGCGGACGGAACGGGAGGGGGAGGGGGAGGGGGACAGGGACGGGGAAGCGGAAGGGGAAGGGUGCAGAGAGGGAGGACGUGCACGAAUGUGAUUCUACUGCUGCGAAAGAAGGUGAGGAGGAGAGCCAUGGGGAGUUGUUGGCCCGUGCUGGAGCUGCUGCUGCUGCUGCUGCAAAGGGUGGUGAAGUGCAGGUGGGCGCAUUGAGCAGGGAGGGUGGGAAGGGGAGGGUGAAGGGGACGGGGAAGUGGAAGCGGAAGGGUGCAGAGCGGGAAGGAGUGCAGGAAGGGGAUUCCACUGCGGUGAAAGAAUGGGAAGAAGGGGGUCAUGGGGAGUUGUUGGCCUGUGCUGCUGCUGCUGCUGCUGCAAAGGAUGGUGAAGUUCAGGUGGGCACGUCGAGCAGGGGAAGUGGGAGGGGGAAGAGGGGAAGGCAUGGCAAGGGGUCUUCACGUGGUGUGUACAAGUCCAGGGCUGUGUCGCCUGGCAGGGACGUGUCGCCUGGCAGGGCUGUGUCGCCUGGCAGGGCUGUGUCGCCUGGCAGGGCUGGUGCUGCUGCUCAGGCGACACGGUAUGCCACUGCAUUGGAUGCUGAUGAUGCUGAUACAGAUGAUGCUGCUCACACUCCUGCUCACACUGCUGCUGCAAGUGGUCCUGCUAGUGGCGGUGCCACAGAUGCAGACAGGCAUAAUGAUCAGGCAGACCAGUCCCAUCAGCCACAGCAGCAGCCACGGCAGCAGCAGCAGCAGGCAGCGCGUGGGAAGGAAGUGCAGCUGGAGGAGGCGAAGUGGAGUGCUGGGGAACAGGAGCGCAGGGCAAUGGCAGAGCUCUUCAUAGCGCACGUGGCUCCGCAGUGCAGCACACGCAUCCUGCAGAGCUGCGCGUGGAUCCACGAGGUCACAGCCACUGCUGCCAAGAUGCUCGACAAAGAUGCACAGCGCUUGGCCCAGUCAACCCAACGCGUUCACGGGGCCGGCAAAGGAGGAGUAGGGGUGGAUGUGUGUGCAGGGGAGGCAGAGCCUGGGAAGCAUCAGGAGGGUGGUGCAGCGCUGGGCAGUGGUGGUGAUCAGGGGGGGAUGGAUGACCUUUACGAUGAGGAGGGUGACGAUGGGGAUGAGGGAAUGGAAGAGGAGUUUCCAGGGUGGAAGAGAAAGUGGGACGGGGAGGAGGAGGAGGAGGAGGAGGAGGAGGAGGGAGAGGAGGCGAAGAGAGCCCGAGAGGAGAUGGCAGUGUGGUGGGAGGAGGAAGGAGGCAGCAGGGCCAUGGCAAUGGUUCUCAGGGAGUCGAUGGAUGACUUGUCCCGGCGACUGGAAGCAAGAAAGCGAGCAUAUAUGAAGUCUGUAGUGUUUCAGGAAUGA